AAGGGUGGACUUGUGUUGUCUGCUGGAGCUGGAGACAGACAGCUGAGAGAGAAACAGCCGCUCGUGUGUGUUUGGUGCUUGAAAUUCUCACGCGCUGCGCGGCGUCUCGUCCUGAAACCCAAGACGACAACCAAGAACAGUCACUUGGAUUACUGUCCGCAGAUCUUAAGCCCGAACACAUUUAUUCCAGGAAAGCUUGCUGUUUUUUUUCUCUCUCUCUCUCUGUUGGGGCAAAGGCAAAAAAUCUCGCAUUUUCACCGUUUAAAAGCAGCAGUCUUCUCGGAAGGGGCUGCACCUUCGGCUGAACAUCAUCCAGUGAUCAUGCAGGAUUGAGGAGACGCCAAGAAUCCUGUCAGUGAACCUGGUCUGAAGAUCUACAUGACCUUCUGGAUGAGAAGUUCCACAAAAGUUGCAGAGCUGAUGAGAUCAAAGAAGACUGGAAGGCAAGCGAAGAAGUGAACGAAGGAAGCAGGGAGUUGGUUGGACUGGCUGAAGGGGGAUACCGAAGGGCUGGAUGCAAGCCUUUAUUCAUUCUAGAAGUUCCCAGGUUCCUCAGAGAUGGCCUCCAACUUCAAUGACAUUGUCAAGCAGGGCUAUGUCCGCAUGCGGAGCAGGAAACUGGGGAUCUAUCGGCGCUGCUGGCUGGUGUUUAAGAAGUCGUCCAGUAAAGGACCUCGCAGACUGGAAAAAUACCCAGAUGAGAAGUCAGCCUACAUCAGAGCCUGCCCUAAGGUGACAGAGAUUAGUAAUGUGAAGAACAUCACGAGAUUGCCUCGUGACACGAAGCGGCAAGCCGUGGCCAUCGUCUUUACAGAUGACACCUCUCGAACCUUCACCUGUGAAUCAGAGCUGGAGGCUGAAGAGUGGUUUAAGACCUUGUCUAUCGAGUGCUUGGGGACACGUGUUAAUGACAUCAGUCUUGGAGAACCGGACCUCCUGGCCGCUGGAGUUCAGUGUGAACACACAGAGCGCUUCAACGUGUUCCUGUUGCCCUGCCCCAAUCUUGACAUCUACGGAGAGUGUAUGAUGCAGAUAACGCAUGAAAACAUCUACCUGUGGGAUAUUCACAACCCUCGCACCAAGCUAGUCACCUGGCCGCUUUGCUCGCUGAGGCGCUACGGACGGGAUGCUACGCGCUUCACCUUUGAGGCUGGCAGGAUGUGUGACAGUGGUGAGGGCCUGUACACUUUCCAGACACGGGAAGGAGAGCAGAUCUACCAAAGGGUUCAUUCUUCCACUCUGGCUAUAGCUGAGCAGCAUAAGAGAGUCCUUAUGGAAAUGGAAAAAAACAGCAAGGUGACAUCUACGGUGAUCCUCAACCAGGAGUGGACACUGACCUCUUCUCUAAACGCCUUCCUCCAGAAAGACAGUCAACCUUUCCUGUGGGCCACGGCUGCCCUCAACCCCCGACACAUUACCCCACGUACCCCAGCGAGGAAGAUCCAUGCUGCCGUGCUGCCUCAGUCCCCCCCUGAGCCUGCCGGCGGCGCUGAAGGCACUUACUGUGGAAUGAGGGAAUGCACUGUGAAGCUAGAAGCGCUCACAUACCCUCAAAACAGACACAAGAGAUGCGACGAAGUGUUGGAACUGGCUCAUUCGCCUUCACGGUGCAAUAUGGUCACUCUUGCUGGGUUUCUGCGAAUGUAGACUGUACUGUAGGUUCUUCUCAAUAAUAUCUCUUAUUCUAACUCUAAUCUCAUGCAUGCUCUUCAACCCUAUGCAUGUCCCCCAAGGUAAGCAAUUACGGAAGAGCAACGGAGGGGUUCCUUAGACUCCUGUAGAAGUCCCAACUCGAGAGGGUGUCCAGCAAACCACAGCGGCCCGGAGGAAAGGCCGUAAACACUUCUGCUCUUCAGUUUGAGUAAUCCAAAGCGUGUUUUGAUCAGAUGCUUUAAUCAUGAUUUGAUUAGCAUGUCUGUAAGACUUCCCAAGCCCAGAGAACUGGGAGCACUUUCUAAAAGUGGCAUUUUUUUGCAUUUUAUUUCUCCUUUUUCCUUUCUUUAAAAUGGACAGUUCUGACAAACAAAACCGUCUGUCCAAUGUCUGUGAUGUGAUGAAGAAAGCCUUUUGGACAGAAGUGAGGGUUAGUCUCGCUCAUGUGCCUCGAGCUGUGGUUGAUCUUUUCAGAGAGACUGAUCCACCGUUUUAUCUGCAAGGUGUCAAGUGGGUCAGAGAUCCACGUAUAGAUGGAAUCAAAGAUUAUGAUUAUACCCAGCGGAUGUGGUUUAAAUGAAUUAUUUAUUUAUUUAUUGAAGUUUACCAACAAAGCACAAGACAAAUUGCAGUGUAUGGUAGUAGGUUUUCUUUAGUGGUUCAGCAAUUCUGUAUGUAAAAGGCUUUAUACUAGCUCUGUAAAAGAGGAGAAAAACAUCUUAAAUAAGGUGGUAUGCCUCACACGAGACCUGUUUCUGGAUUUCCAUGAUUGUCAGCUAUUUCCAGUUACUUCCAUGAAAUUAAGGGUAUCUUUAUUGCUUUCAUAUCUCAGCAGACAUUUAUAUUAUGUGGCCGUACAAUGUUUUCAGUCAGCUACACUUGUUGUGUUUUUCUCAUGCUGAAACUCAAUUUAUAACCCUGUGUGUUGGAGCGGUUAGUGCACAUUGUAUAAUGAGCUUGGUUGCUCAUGCAGGCAACUGGAGUUUGAUCGAUCUGACUGUGACUAGCUUGGUGAAGCUGGUUGACCAUGAAAGUCUUGCUGGUUAACCGUUUACAGUUGGUCCUAUUGGUUUAUCCUUCACUCUCUGUACUCCCUGUACUAUCCAUAUAAAUCAGUUACAUACAGGCCAAAAAUUAAAAUAAAACAAGCUCUUUUAUGUCUGGCAGUCUUGAGGGUGUGAAUACUUGUAGCUUUAUUCAUUUAUACAUAGUCGUUCAGUGCUGGGAUUUAUUAACUCAUGUCGUAUCAUUAAAAGGGAUUGAGCUGAUCUGAUUGUCAUGAUUGUACACUUUGAGGAAAAAGAGUUUUUUCAGGUUUCCCUGCAGACUUUUUUAGCAGUUCAUAUUUUAACAGCUCUUCAAAGGUGAGCAUUCAGUUUUUCUUCUUUUUUGCCAUGUCUAAUUUUCAGUUACUCGCUGUAAUGUACCCAAAAUAUGCCCACAUAAAUGAAUGUACACUACCAAAUGUAUGGGGUUAGAAGGUUUUUUUUUUUUUUUUUUUUUUUUUUUAAAGAAAUACUUUAAUACUUUCAACCGGGAUGUAUAAUUUUUUUUUUAUAAUUUUUUAUAUAAUUCAGAUUUGCCAUCACAUGAAUAAAUUCGUUAAAUAUGUUAAAAUAGAAAGUUCUAGUUCACAAUAUAACUUUUUUUUUUUUUUUUACUGUACUUUUGAUCAAAUAAAUGCAUAUUUGUUGAGGAUAAUAGACAUAUUUCUAAAAAAAUCUUACCGACCCCAAACUUAAGAUUUCCCUGUAUGUCCAUUUUGCAGUUUGCACAUUUGUUUUUAUCAAUUGCUUUACAGUGCUAUCCAUUAAAAAUGUAUAGAAAUUACAGGAUUUUUACAGGCUGUUGCUUGGUAGAUAUCUAAUAAUACCACACACCAGUAAUGUAUUCACCAAAAGUACAUCAUUCCUUAUAAUCCCCCUUCACCGCUUUUGCAGGAAAUCUAAGAACUAUAGUAAUUCAACAUUCAUGUAAUCACCCUGAAGUGAGUUAUAUGUUUUGUACAUAAACAGCCAGCAGGUCCCUGGAGAUAUUCUGGAUCUGAAAGUAAUGCUUAUUGACAUUGUGCUUAACAGAACAAUCUGUUUGAUUAUCAGAUGUUUUUCAUCUCUUUACAAGACAGCAGCACUACUAUGAAAGUUAAUGCUGAUAUGUGAUAAGUUAAGUUGAUAAAAUUAUAAGUUGACAGACAUGUUUAUACCAUGAGGACUCACGUAAUAAAGAUCCUAAAAGAAGAAA